AUGAGUAAUGAAGAUGAUCAUAAACAAAUGCAAAUUAAAAUUUUAUAUUCCUUUAAUGAUAAUUCUACUACUUUUUUAUGUCGAUCAACUCAACAAUUUUCAGUUCAAACUGUUCAAAUACCUAUUCAAGAUUCAAUAAAUGAAGAACCUGAAUUAAUAUUAUUAGGAGCUUUUGAAUUAAAAGAUUGUAUAAAACAAUUAUUAAAAUCAAAUCCAGAAAAUUUUAAAUUACAUUCAGAAGACUAUGCUGUUUAUUAUAAAGAUAUAACUGAACAACCAGAUGAACCAUUUGUUUCUAAUGGUGUAGUAUCAAAAUUGAUAUCAUCAAAUGAAUCAUGUCUAAUACCUGGAAGAGUUUGUCAAAAUGUAUCAGCUAAUUUUUUAUUUGGUAAUAAAUCAAAUGCAUCAUCAUUAACUUUAGAAAUUAGAUUAAAAUUACAUACAAUAGAAGGCGCUCCAUUACAAAAAUUGCCACCGAAACAGCCGAAUCAACAAAUUCAACAAUCACAAAUACGUCAACCACUUUCAACUAUCAACACAUCACAAAUGGAUAGAAAACGACCAUAUGAUUCAAUGCAUAAACAAUUACCCCCAACAUCUACUUUUUCACAUUCAGUACCUGCAGCUAAAGCUACUAGAACUUUAUCACUACCUUCAUAUUCAAAUAUUCAAAGCAUACAACAAGCAGAUAAAAAUUCUAAUUCUUCACGUUAUAAUAGAGAAAAUGUUGAAAAUAGAUUUAAACUGGCAUCAUUCUUUCAAGAAAAAGUUGUGUUUGAUGAUAAACAAGAAAAGAAACAACAAAAACGUUACUCAAAUCAAACUCCUUCACAACCUAUAAUGACUCAAAAAUCACAAUUACUACCUCAAAGAGCUGUUCGUACAAGAUCAAUGUUUACAAACACUCCAAUAACUAUAUCUUCUCCAAUCAAUGAAGAAACUUAUUCAUCGGAUGAUCCUGAAUAUAGAGUUGGUGAUGAAAAUGAAGAAACAUUACCAGAAGAAGAAGAAGAAGAAGAAGAGGAAGACGAUGAUUAUAAUAUUGAAUCAACUUCACCAUAUACUCCACAACAACCACCAUAUGUUAAUAAUACUACAACCAAUACCAAUAAUCAAAAAGAUACACCACCAGAGUUACCAGAAGACCUAGAUAGUAAAAGAACUCAUACAAUUCCAAACACUAAAUUACCAGAAAAUCAUGGAUUGAUUUGUAUAAAUAAAUGUUGUCGUACAUCAAAUUCAAUUGCAUGGAAAUAUUUUGAAACUGAAUUUAAACCUCAUUUUUCACAAUUAAUAAGAGCAACAGAAUUUAAUAAAGAACAUUAUGAAGGAAUGUUAGGACCAUUAUGUAAUGCAUGUUUUUUAUUUUAUAAAAAUAAAGGAUUUAUGAGACCUGAACAUGUUGUAAGAAAAUAUAAUCAACAACAAAGAUAUAAUCAAAAGAUUAAAAUGAAAAAUGGUAACUCCAAAAAUGAUGAUCCAAUCAAAAAUUCAUUGAAUUCUGUUGCUAAUAAAAAGAAUAAUCUAGCUUCAUCACCUGGUAAUUUUCCAACUCCUUCUCAUACUCCAUCUGCAAUUAAUCAAGUAAUUCAGAAUAAAUAUCAUAAUAAUUAUAAUAAUAACAACAAUAACAAUAAUAACAACUACAAUCAUUCAAGUGCUAAUUCAAAUUUGAAUCCAACGCCAACAGGAGAAACUCCAGAUUAUCAUGAAUUAUUAAAUCAAUUAAAUGUAUAUGGAGGUCCAUCUACAGAUAUAGAUCCAUUACCAACAAAUACUCCACCAAUGAUUGCAACAAAAUCAAACACAAGAAUUAUAAAUUUGGAAGAAAAUGAUGCAAGAAAAGCAACAAAAUUAAAUACAAGAGUUAUUGAAAUAUAUAAUGAAGAAGAUAAAGAAAAUCAACCACCAAUUCAACCAAUAAAUAUAACUGACGCAGCAACAAACAAUACAUUAAAUGAAUUUGAUGCAAUAUUACAAUCAAUUCAUGAAGAUUCAAAUAAUAAUUGGAUGAAUUUUUUAACUCAACCUACUCCAAAAGAUUCAAAUAGUCCUAAUUCUAAAACUCCAGUUGAUCAAUUACAAAAUUUAAUAUCAUCAUCAAAUAAAAAUCAUAACAAUAAUAACAACCACAACAAUUCACCAAAAUCUUCAAAACUGUCAUUAGCUAAUAUGCCUAGUUCACCAUAUUUAUCAAAUCACAUAAAUUCAAGCGAUGAUAAUGACGAAAACGAUGAAAUUAAUGAUCAAUUAAAUCAAUUAGUCAACGACUCAACUUUUAAAAUCCAUAUAGAUCAACAUCAAACAACGUCAUCCCCAAAUAGAGCAAGUAGAAAUAAUACCACGAAUUCUUUAUUAAAUUGGCCAUCUAAUAACACUACAAAUAAUACUACAAAUAAUACAACAACAAAUAAAGAUUUAGGAUCAACUCCAAAUACUGAUUUUUUUUCAAAUGAUGAAAAUUUUGAAAUAAAUGGUAAAGAAAAUAAUAAAUUAUCAUAUAAUAGCAUGGUCGAUAUUGAUAAAAAUUUCGUUGAAACUUAA